AUGCAAGACGCAGUCGCAGUCUGUGGGGCUCUUUCGGUCUGUUACCUCUGGAUGGAUACACUCUGUAUCAUCCAAGACCUAGCGGAUUUAAGCAACUGGGAAAGAGAGAGCGAGCAGAUUGGCCAGGUCUUCCAGAACGCCUACUUUCCCAUCUGCACUGUGCCCAUGACCAACUGCCACCAAAAUUUCCUCGAUCGCCGCCAGCACGCGUUCGAUUUUGACAUCCAGUCCUCGCUCCACCCGCUCGCCAGGAGCGCAUUCACCUUGCUUUACACCGGCCUCCCUGAUGACCAUUGGGAUCUCGACUCCCCUGCCAUCGAUCUCCAAAAUUCGCUGAUGUUUGUGCGUGAUAACGCUGCGCGCAAGCUGUCGUCCAAGUCAGAUCGGCUGCUCGCUCUGUCCGGCAUCGCGAGGCACGUGUCUGACCUGACCAGGGACAAGUAUCUCGUUGGACUGCGGAAAGAGGGCCUCUAUUCCGCCCUGCUGUGGUAUCCCAGCAAGGCCAGGCAAAGUCUGGCGGAGCGUCUUGCUCCUCUUCGGACCUCGUCUGGUUCGGGCGCGCCCCCAUGGUCUUGGGUCUCUCAGCCAGGCAGAUGCUUCGACUACGGGGCCGACCUCGCUCCGCGCGAGUAUCACCUGCGUCCAGAGUAUAGAGACACUGAUGGAUGGACCGCAUUGAAGGGCGCCGGGCUGAAUCCGUUCGGAGAGGUGGAGAGUGGCAGGAUACGGCUUCGAAGUAAGAUGCUGACUAUACCGACGGACCUGGAAAUGCUCUACACCUGGCGGCGAAAACAGGACGGCAAAGCAGAUGACAGUGACGAGUAUGGCGAACUCGAGGAUGAAGACGAGGAUGAGAAAUAUGCUGAAAAUGCGGAUGAAGUGUCUAAAAGAGGGAUGGGUAUGGGGGUGCGAGGACUCCAGCCGAGGUAG